AUGCUACGAAACUCUGGGGUUGCUUCUCUCUUUCGUUCGCUUCAUGUGGUAGCUUCAUCAAGAGGCUGCAGCCAUCGUUUCUUGAUACCACAAACGGCCAUUCAUCAAUCACGUACAUAUGCUAAAGACAUUGAAAAAGAUGGUUUUGAUCCGACUCAACACUAUGAAGUAGAAGAUGCCAUGCCAUACGUUGCAAAGAAUGUAAAUUUGAAAAAAACAAAGAGUUUACUCGAUUUAUUUGUUACGAAAUUAGAGAAAGAUGAGAAGGAAACAAAGAAAGAGGAACACUUCUCCGAAUUUGAGGCUCUUCAAAAGUCGGAGAUGGCCAAAACCGUGAAAGCUCAAAAGAAGAAAGUGAGAGAGGCCAACGAUAGUAUUUAUGAAAGAACCUCUGCUGAUGCUCAAAAACUCAAGACAUUACAAGCACUCUUUGAGCAAAAAACAAAAGUUACACCCACACAGAUAUUUAAUGAACAACUUAUUGAAUUGGAAACAAAGGAAAGAGAGAUGCAAGCAAAAGCAGGAGAUAGUCUUCUUUCAUUCAUGUAUGAAUCUAAGACCCCUUAUAAAGCGAUAGAACCAUGGGAAGCCGAGCAACAAGAAAGAGAAGAAUUGGCCAAUGAAUUCAAACAACAAAAGAAAGAGCUGAAGAAACUCUUGAAGAAAGGUACCUCUACGGAAGAACAAGAAAAUAGAAAUGAAUAUUUCCAACAAUAUGACUCCGUUACUCUUAAAAACGACAUGCUUGAGGGUAUGCCUGCUGUGAGCGACUUUUCAUUGAACGUCGAUUUAGAUAGAAUGUCUGCAUCUCCAACAUCCCUGUCUGGAGACAAAUUGAUCCUUGUUAACUCACCAAGACAUGAAGAAAAGAGUCCAUUCUGGAACACGUUAACUCCUCAUGAGAAGCGUUACUUUUUAAACGACGAAUAUUUAGAGAAUGUUUCAAAGAACAUUGAAAAAUAUUUGAGCAUGAGUGAAGAUGAAAUUGAGAAAAACGCUCCUUGGCUUUUGAAUGAUCCUAGAUGGGAAACGAUUGAAGAACUUAGAAAACAAACAUUACAAGAUCUUUCUGAUGUUUCCGAGGAUAGCACCUUUUCAGAAAGAAACAAAUAUUUCAGAGAAAGAAUCUUCGAUGACGAAGCUCUGAGAAAUCUUUAUGAAGCCCUUGGAUCAAAACAAUUUGACAAUGUUCAAGAGUUUUAUGAAAAUAUUAAAGAAGCAACUGAUGAAAAUGGCUUGCUGAGGAGAUUAGAGGCAAUAUUCCCAUCCAUACCAAAGGAUAAAAUCAAGUCAAUUUUGAAUAAGGUGAUUUUAACAGUCCAACCAAAGUUUGACAAAUAUGCAAGCGCAUCUCAAAGAUCCAUUCAGCUCAUUACCGAUGAAAUUACAGCUACAGCCAAGCCUGCUGUUUACACACUAGCUGAUAUAGCAACCAAGCCAAAACCAAAAAUGCAAACUGUUUUGUGGUCCAUUAGGCAAAUUGCAACAAAGAAAGCCAAAGAAAAAGAGGUUGAAAUGGUGUAUAAAAGAGCAAAGACUUUGAAGCUUGAGGACUUCCCUUCACCAAUUGACCAUAUCUAUGAAGUAUUGCGACCAAUCCACGACGAAAGCAUGAGGAUUGGAGCUGAAGAGAAGGCUGUCACAGAAUUUCACCCUGCAAUUUACGGAGGUUUUUCCACUGCUGCAGGUAAAAGAAAGUCUUCCGUUGCCAAUGUUAAAAUCUCUCCAGGAACAGGAUUAUUCACAGUGAAUGGAAAGUCUGUACUCGACUAUUUCAACUUAUCUCGUCAUCACUACAAACUCAUGUUACCUUUGAAAUUUACAGACACUUUGAACCAAUUUGAUGUUGAGGCCAGAGUUCGAGGAGGUGGUCAAACUGGUCAAUGUGAUGCAAUCUUCCUUGGCCUUUCAAAAGCUUUAGCCAAGUUCGUUCCUGAAUUUGGACCAACAUUAGAAGCCAGUGGUUUCCUCUAUAGAGAUCCUAGAGUAGUCGAACGUAAGAAGCCAGGUCAAAAGAAGGCUCGUAAGAAGUUCACUUUCGUCAAGCGUUAA